AUGUUCACAAUAGGCGAGUGCUUCGUCCGGUUUUAUAACUCGUCGUGCGAGACCUUUGUCGAUUUGAUUGACGAGCCCCAGCGCCUGCGACUGCGGGUUCGACCAAAGCUUGAUCCCGCUCAUGGAAAUGCAGAUGAUACGCGGCCGGGCCAAUCAUCAAAGACGCAACUUAACACUUCCAAGAAAGGACGCAAGGAAUUGCAUCACGGGGUCAAGUUCUGGCCACCGGAUCAAUCUUCACCGCCCAACCCCGAGCUAGCCCAACUUCACAAUAUUCUCUAUCCCCAGAUACCGAUGAACGAAGUUGACUGGGCCAUGGACGACCGUACUCUAAUCUAUGCCUCAGGGCACGCGGUUAGAGGCCGGCCCAGGCCGCUAGUCCUCAUAUCUUUUGAUUCCGCGAUUCGGUUCCCAGGCUACCCAAAGCUGCAGCUCAGCUGUGCAGAUCCAGAUGGAUCGAAUAUCCUGCCGCCCAAUAGACCCCACCCGGCGGCAGAGCAUGCUCACAUUAUACCAGAGACUCCGGUGGGCUCUGUGAACCUCCAUGGCGUGUCUGGCGUGUCUUCGGUCAUGGCUACCUCAGAUACCGAGUGUCAGAAGGAUCCUACGGCGCCAAAUGUAACACCAACCCCAACGGCUCAGCCAUGGGCCAAGACAUAUCAGGCUCUUUACAUGAGCAUGCCCAAGACCGAAACAUCGCCGUGUGGUUUUGAUCUGUCGUACUGA